GCCAACAUCGUACCAGAGCUAGAGAAGCAGUCUCUAAGAUUGUACAUUGUACAAAGUGUGGCUAUCUGGAUUGAAUGAUAGACAUCAUAGCCCGCUCUCUAGCACGAGCGAAGCAAGAGGGGUUAUGUCAAGUGGUGAUCCAAACUAAAAGAAACACAGGAAUUGAUCCGAGUCGAUGGAAACACGAGUCGGUUCCAGCGAAUUGUAUAAGGAAAUGGUUUCCCACUUAUGAUACUCUCUUGGCUUACCAUUAAUCAGAGUUUGAUUCUACAAUAUCAAGUUGUAUGCUAGCCUGCGCCAUAAGUGGCACUUGCGUUCAUUCAGAUUAAGGGUGAAAUCC